AUGGGUAACUUUACUUGGUUAUGGGAUCAUAUUUACUGGUCGAAACAGGCUUUUAUGUAAGUUAUCUUAAUAAAUGGCAAGAACUUUCUUUACGAAACAUAAAACGGCAAGAACUUUCUUUACAAAACAAAACGGCAAGCAUUUUCUUUACAAAGCAAGAAACGACAACAACUUUCUUUACAAAGCAAAAAAUGAAAAAAACUUUCUUUACAGAGCAAGAAAUGACAAAAACUUUCUUUACAGAGCAAGAAAUGGCAUUAUAUACCUAAUGAUCAGUAAAUUUCAGUGACGACUACAACGACUGUGUAGCCACGCGAGACUGGGCACGAUGUGUGGAGGUACAUUCAAAUUAUGCCAUCAGUAUUCGCCGUACGAAUCUUUUGAUGUUCGCCGCCACGUUUGGAAUCAUCACCGUACUCGCCAUAGGCUUAAUGAUCUUCAUAUACUACAGAACAGCGAAUCCGUUGAACCUGAGUGAUAAGGACAAGAGACGGCUUCGAAGCCAACGGUACAUCAGAAUCCGAGAUAAGCGAAAUGAAUGGAUUCGAGGCCAGAUGAAUUUCAGGGUAAUGUUUAGGAAUCGACAGAUGGAGCUGAAGGAAUACCACAAAAGCGGAGGGAUUACUGUAAGUUUUUUGUUUUUUCUGUAGGUAAGGAUACUGUAGGGUUUUGAUAAUAACCUACAGUAGCCUUAAAAGCUACGGUAGGCUAUAGCAAGUUAGAAUUACAAUAGUAAUUAAAAGAGACUAUUAGAAAUAAUAUAGUACCAUUUUCAGCCUCUGGAACCAUUCUGUGACUUCAAAAGUGAUAAGCCUAAACAGAAGAAGGAAUACAGUAUCCUAAGCGGUCUUCGAAGCCGCUGGCGUCAGGAGACACGAGACCAACGUGCCGCCAUGCAAAACUUGCUCAAACAAAAACGAUUCCUUCGAAAACUUCAAAAUGAUGUCGUUCCAGCACGAGCACCGGCUCCAGCGACGUAG